UCCCGGUCUCUCCCCGUCUCUUCCCGUCUCUACUCGUCUCUCCCGGUCUCUCUCGGUCUCUCCCAGUCUCUCCCCGUUUCUCUCCGUCUCUUCCGGUCUCUUCCUGUCUCUUAUAAUUUCUUCAGAAUUUCUUCUAGAGUUCACGCUGAUAAAUAUAUUUCGAAGAGCGCGUCAAAAUUUGUAUUUCGUAUAAAUAUCAUUGGAUUGUGUGUCGAAUUAGCAUUGACUUUUGCGAUGUCUUUUUCGGCAUCGUCAAAGAUUCUUUCCAGCGUUCCUUUCCGAUAUCCUCUCGCUGGUCCAGUUGCUCUUUUAUGUAACGCUCGUCCUUUCGAAUCUCUCUUUUUUUUGCCCUUUUUCUCUCUCUCUCUCUCUUUUUCUCUCUAUUUUUCUAUAUCUCUAUCUCAUAUCUUUUUGCGGGUAUUGAGGAACAGUCGUUUCGCCAUUUCUGCAACUUUGACUCUGUCCGCCCGAGGAUUUUCAAUAUCCUCGGAAUACGCGGCUCUCUUUGAAAUUCAGAUAUUGCGAGCAAAGGGUCCUUUCGGCGGUAGCUGUACCUCAAAUUUGCACAGGCCAGACCAAACCUGCGAGCAGUCGGCGGAAUCAUUGCGUUCCGCGAAACACGAGUGCUGUCAAUCACGCGUGCAAAUGCGACCAACGUGAUUGACCCGCAUUCACGGGAAUUAAAAAGAUUUUUUUCGCGUGUCGUAAUGCGUUUUAAAAAAUUUGUUAUGUAAUAUUUUUAAUUUGUAACUUUUCCACAUUGAAAAUGGUCUAAUGCGAGAUCGAAAUGUCUGCUGUGAAACUUUGUAAUAAAUUGUAAUACGACACGUACAUCUUAUCGCGGCCCUUGGCUCUGUUUAUUCUACAUAUUUUUGAUUUUUCAAUCAUUCGAGCCUUUCUGCUUUUUUAAAAAGAUUCUCGUUAAAUUUAAUGAGGUCAAUUUUGCGAAUUAUUUUUAAUUUAACUUCAGAUUUGAUCAAUUCGAUUUUGAACGGAAAUUUCUUUUAUGACGAUUGGCAUUUUUAUGUUCACAGAGAAAUUCCUGGACACUCUAUUCAUCCGCUCUUCCGCAAGAAACGCCUAAAACAGAGCACCCGUUCAACCGCACGCCUCGCAGUGAAGGAUAUUGAGAUAUUGGAACACAGACUGUAUAUACGAGAUGUGUUCCAAUGUACAUCCAACGUCACGACUAUAUUAUUACAAUGGAUACCUCCUGAUGAUCUGUUAAUUAUUCGGACGUUUAACGUGGGAGAAUUAUGAGGAGAGACGAGAUCUCUCGUCGAAUCGUUUCCGCUACGUUCGCACGCGCGUUCGGAUGAGGCGAGGAAGAGCGGCGGGAGACCGGAAUGGCUCUCUUGCGAGAGCGUGGCAACGAAAGACGAGACCGAAGCGGCGAGAGAGACAGAAAGAGAAAGAGAGAAAGAGAACGCCGCCGCCGCCGCCGCGGAGGGAAGAACCGGGUUCAGGUUAGCGAGGGCAAAAAGAAAGACGACGACCAAGAAGACGGUGGAGGCGUGCAGCCGCGUUGGCAUGAGAACGAAGCUUAAGCUCGGGCGUGUUUGCCGUCUCGUGGCGAGCUGGCAGGCACAGACGAGGCGAGGCGAGGCGAGGCGAGGCGAAGCGAGGCAAAGACGAAGACGAAGACGAAGACGUGGAGAGGCGAGGCGAGGCGAGCAGGGUAAGGUAAGGCAAAGGCAGAGAGCUCGAGUCGGGUUCCCUCGCUUCCCUUUUGCUCUUUUUUUGCCCGCCGUCGUCUCCGGUCCCCGAAGAGUCCUCCUUGGCUUCUCGCCGCCUUUCUUCUCCCCUUCCCAACCCCCCCCCCCUCUCUC